CAGCUACAAUCUCGUUUAUCUCCUAACAUCUCUUUAUCUCUUUUCUUUUUUCUUUUUUUCCUUUUCUCUCUAUACUACUGAGCCAGUGUUGAUCUGUGAUCCGCAACUCAGCAGCAACAAUGGAAUUCAUCACGCACAUCCAGGGAGAUGUCGACUCUCACCAUACUCCCCUCUUCCUAAUCCACGCCAUUUCUGGCCUGGCAUUACCGUUCUUCCGCCUACAUAACCUCAGCCACGGCAAGUUCCACAGAAGCCAUUCGGAACGGCCAGUGUACGGCGUAAGCUCACCCAUCUACUCAUCCGAAGAAGCAAUUUACCCGUCGUCGUUUGAGGAGCUGGCUCUCCUUUACAUAAGCGAGAUCAAGACCAUCCAACCCCAUGGACCCUACCUCCUUGGUGGCUGGUCUUUGGGGGGGAUGAUUGCCAUGAAGAUGGCACAAAUCCUCCUUGAACAGGGAGAAUCCGUUUCCCGUGUUAUAAUGAUUGACUCAGCAAACCCCGAAGCUUUUCCCCCUUUCCGAUCUUCAGCAGAGUUUCACGCACAAACAGCAGCUACUAUUAAGGGCGUUGUCGCCGAAGGACUACCAGUUUUUCUAGAUGCCGAGGAAGGUGCCUCAUCUGACAGCGAAUCUAGCGAAGAGGAAGACGACGAUGGUCUCCUCUCCCUCCGAGAAACUGAGAAGCGCAUCAAGAUGCACAUUUCCAAGUCCCUUCUUCUCCUGGCUAACAUAACCCCCGGCGAAUUUUCUUCAACUUACUGCGACACGCACGUUGUACUCGUCAAGUGCGCAGCUGACCACAAGAACGAUAGCUCCUUACACAAGCACAGGGCACACCAAAUCCGCAAGGUGAUGCGUGACAAGACCAUGAAAUGGGACACCAGCAAGUUCCGGGAAUUCGAGACAGUCCCAUUUAGCGGCGACCACGACGGUGCCUUUGGAGUUCAACACGUCGGCGAGUUGAGCAAGAUACUCCACCGUGCCCUUCACCACGUCCGAUAAAUUUUAGGUUUCUCUCUAACGUUACUUACCUACUUACCUACCUGAUUACCUGAAAACCUGCUUACCUACUUACCAACUUACGAAUUUACUUACAACUUACUUACCCUUCUUGUUUUACCACCUACUUACUACUAUUACUACUAUAACAAGCGGCAAAUACAGCGGCGAACUGGCGUUGGGGGAUUAGGCUCAGACUGGUAGCCAUACAAAAUUAUGAUAUCACGAAUGGAAUUCCACCAUUAUCUUUCACUCAUUGAAUUACUUUACUUUUUUUACACUUGAUGUGUUUGUGCUUGUUGGAAGCCUAGCUUAUGAGGAGGCUGGUCCUAAGGAGUGGCUAGACCUAGGAUAGAGUAGAUAGAGGGCGACCGCAUGUACUAGCACUGACUACACGAAAGUUCGCCCCGUCGGGCAUUACGCUUUAAUUUGUGUGACGGUCGGGAUUAGCUAGAAUACAUUUUUACACAUAGAAAUUUCAUACAAAAAAAUACAUGUUCUCAAC